GACGCCACGACGGCCCGUUCAGUGCGCUACCGACAUUCGAUGCUAGCGGACGCGGAUCUUCCUCUCCUCGCAUCAAGGAAAGGCAGAAUCGGUGUUGAGUGGUGAUCGGAUUUGUUUGAUAAAAUUAAAGAAAAAGUGCUUUCUCCAGUGUGUUGUGGACAAGGAAAAUUGACAAAUAAAAAGAAUUCUGGUGAGAAGUGAAGAAAUAAAUGGAUUUGGAUUAGUAAAAAAGUGCAUGUAAGUUCUAUGGAAAAUAAAAAAAAGUGCUUGAAUUGAAUUCUACAAUCAAAGUGCAAAAAACGGUUUUCAAAUUGUGAAACAGGUUCGGCAAACAGUGAUUGUGAUUGACAUGAUAUCGAGUGACAUUCGAUCCGCCAGAGAGCAUCAAAAGAAUCAAAGCAAACCGUCAGGUAUUUGAUGGUCGUGAAAUAAACUACAACUCAAAAAAUCGAAAAGAUAAUCGCAACGAUUGGAUUAAAGCGGCUUAUGGGUAAAAGGAGACAUCUGUAAAAGGUUAUAACGUUCAGAUUCCAAAUCAACAAUGCUGCUACACUAUCAUCAAGCUGCACAACCGACCAACUCUAACGAUGUGUUCAGUAAAAAAUAUAUUUAGACCCAUCCCAACCAACAGCUUAACUCACGUGUAAUUGGAAAAGUGAAAUUGUUCGAGUCGGAUUUGUGUGAUUGAAAGCUUAAGCACUUACGCGAGUGAGUUGUAACAGAAAGUGCAAUAGAAAUGGCGACGCAAGUGAUAGCACUGGUGAUAUUGAUGACGGUGUUCCUCGGUCUGAUCGCUCGGAGCUCGACAUACAAGAUCUCAACGUACGAUCCGGAAGUGAUUCGGAUAAAUUUAGGAAACAAAAGGCUUGUAAAGGAAACAGUUCCCCUCAACUCUAAACUGCUGAUCAAGUGUAACUUCGACACGCCGAUCUGGUACAAAAAUGGCAAAGCUAUUCCUACCGACAACAGGAGAGCGAAAUCGUUAAAAUUCAACGCCAUCAAGCGAACCGAUGCCGGUUACUAUUCGUGCGGUUCGGAGUUUAGCGAGUGGUCCAAUCUGACGCUGUCGGUGUUUAGCCAGCAUGAAGCGGCCGAUCACUACCAGAGUGAUUCACCUGGAAGUGGGGCUGGUGGUGGUGGUGGUGGCGGCAGCAGUGCAAGCACCACGCGCGUUGCCAAUCUGGAGAAGAAGAGUUUGUUUCCAGCGGCAUCGCCGAAAAACAGCACACCGCGUGCUCCGCUGGAAAUUGUUGACAAUGAUCUAACCGAUGGACCUCCGGAGUUCGUUGUGGGCAGCAAAGAUCAGGUGACGAGUGUAACGCGAAAGGCGGGUGACAGUUAUAAGUUAAAGUGCGAGGUCGCCGGGGAACCCAAGUUUCGGAUAAGUUGGAUAAAAGAUGAUAGGAUGUUGAACACUAAGGUCGGCAAUAAAUCUAGUGUACUUUUGCACUCGUUAGAUCCGGAGGACAGUGGUGUCUAUGUGUGUAAGGCGUGCAAUGCCAACGGAUGUGUUAACUCGACGACUAAGUUGGACAUUGAGGAUAAUCCAGAAGAACCGUUUAUUCAGUACAAUAAUAUGGAAAGUCAUUCGCAACUGUCGGAUAGUGAAGAACCAGAUAGUCCGGACUACGUUGACGACGAUCACCAUUAUCAAGACUACGAAGAAACGGACGACGAAGAGGAGAAUGAAGAAGACACGGGUGUUGCAGAUCAACACGGGGGUCCUGCUGGAGAAACGACCGAAACUCAACCGGCGGUUGUCGUCACUAAUGGGGAACUGAGACCCGGGCCGCCCUUUUUUACGAAGCGUGAGCACAUGGUAGGAUUAAUGCCGAAACCUUCCGGGAAUAUGGUUCGCCUACGUUGUCCAGCAGAUGGUAAUCCAAUGCCGAACAUAACCUGGACGAAAGAUAAUCAAAAGAUCGUGCGCAGCAUGGGUUCGGUCAAGUAUGCUAAAUGGUCUAUCGUUUUGGAAGAUUUGGUACCGAAGGAUUCCGGAGCGUACACAUGCAAUGUGUGCAACGAUUUUGGAUGUGUCAGCUUCACCACUAAGCUGGAAGUGAAAGAUCGCUUCCCAGCGCGUCCAUAUAUCAAGGAAGGUUUCCUGCAAAACACAACCGUACUGGUCAAUUCAUCGGCUACAUUUGAGUGCCGGACAAUUUCGGAUCUCGAGCCACAUAUCGAGUGGAUUAAAUUUCACAUCGCUAAUAUGGCCAAUCCGGAAAUACCGGAGAAUAUCACCAAGUUGGAGCGUGAUUCCGAUAACCCGGAAGUGCUGAAUCUGGAGAACGUCACCCACGCGGAUGAAGGAUGGUAUACUUGUGUGGCAGCAAACACUCUUGGAGCAUCGUACGAAAGCGCGUAUCUACGUGUCGUUGACGAAUUCCCCGAGGAUGAUACACCAACAGCACAUCCAGUACGACCACAUUCAACGCUCAUAACGAUCAUGACUACCGUUCUAUCGGGAUGCUUUAUGAUCCUUGCAAUAAUAGUCGUGAUCGUGUGUAAGAAGCUUAAACGGGAAAAGAUGAAGCACCGGGCUAUGGAACAUGUCAACCAGUGGACGAAGAAGGUUAUCGUGCUAAAGCAACCACCAAUCGAAAACAGCAUUCCAGGCGUUACGGAGGCCAUGCAAAUGCCGAUUGUUCGCAUCGAAAAACAACGCUCGACUCUGGUUCAAAGUGGAAAUUGUGAUCCGACGCUGAUCUCCGAGUAUGAAUUCCCCAUUGAUUUGAACUGGGAGUUCCAGCGCAGCAAACUGGCUUUAGGUAAAAACCUGGGUGAGGGUGCCUUCGGUAAAGUGGUGAUGGCAGAAGCGCAAGGACUAGUCAAAGGACAGACUUCCACCGUUGUGGCAGUAAAAAUGUUGAAAGAGGGUCACACUGAUGCCGACGUAAAGGAUCUGGUUUGCGAAAUGGAAGUCAUGAAGAUGAUUGGCAAACAUGUUAACAUAAUCAACCUGCUUGGGUGCUGCUGUAAGGAUGGACCGUUGUACGUUAUUGUCGAAUAUGCACCACACGGUAACUUGAAAGAUUUUCUGCGGAGUCAUCGCUUCGGUACGUCCAUGUAUGAAGAUUCGGUCAGUGGCGAGAAGGAAAAGAAAAUACUAACGCUGAAGGAGCUGAUUUCGUUUGCCUACCAGAUCGCACGUGGAAUGGAGCAUUUGGCGUCACGAAGGUGCAUUCAUCGUGAUCUAGCCGCACGUAAUGUACUGGUCAGCGACGGUUUCGUAAUGAAGAUCGCCGACUUUGGGCUUGCGCGAGACAUUCAUAGCCAAGAAUAUUACCGAAAAACAACAACCGGAAAGUUGCCUAUUCGGUGGAUGGCGCCGGAAUCUCUCGAGGAAAAGUUCUACGACUCCCAAAGCGAUGUUUGGUCGUUUGGAGUGCUGCUCUGGGAAAUCAUGACACUCGGUGGCAACCCUUACUCUUCGAUUCCCACCUGGGAUAAUUUGCUGGAGCAUCUAAAGAAGGGCAAGCGACUGGAACAGCCACCACUUUGUCCGAUUCACAUCUACGUCGUAAUGCGGGAAUGCUGGAACUACAAACCAAAAGUGCGACCCACGUUUAGUGAGCUGGUUCAAAAUCUGGACCGACUGGUUGCGAUAACUUCCAACGAGGAGUACCUAGAUCUCGGAUUGCCAACGCUAGAAACGCCACCGUCCAGCGACGACGAUGACGACGACGAGUCAGACGACAACGACGGCUGCGAACGGAUGCGAAUGUAUCCCUUCAAUCAUAGUCACACCACCGAAAGUACCUUUUGAUACGAUGACGACCGAUGGUUCACUGUAUCAUACGAGCGCGAUCGAAGCGGAAUCCAACGUCCCAUUUAAUGUUAGAAAAUAUGUGUUUUAAAUCAAGUAUGAACGAAUUUGUUGCGUAUGUAUGUGUGUGUGUGGUAGUAAUUUGUUAUUUGUUAAGAACAAAGCACAAGACUGUAUUUAUUUUUUUUAUAUAAAACGCAACUAACCAAUCAACGACAAGCGGGAAAGUGAGCAGCUAGUCAGGAAAUCCUGCAUCCACGAAGUUAAGGCCAUAUAAAACGUGUCCAUAUUGAGCGAUAAGUGUAAAUAUAGAUUGUAAAAGUGCUUCGAUUCUAAGAUAAAUGUCAAUCAAGACCAAAGCGUAUUAUAUCAAAUAUAGAACAAUACUCGUGAAAAACAUACAUGAAAACGUAUUAUUCUGUACAGAUUGAACUCACCGUUCUAGUAGGGUCAAACAGCAAUCAAAGAGUACCAGUUGCAAUAUUAAUUGUAAUGUUUUCAACGUUCGUACAUUUAGGUAACAUUUUAGUAUUUUAAGGUGCAUGAGUUGAAAGAAGGAAAUGUCUCUGCCGAUGUAUAUAAGCAUACAAAACGAACUGUGUCGAAUUAUGUAAGUUACAAUUUGAAAAUACAUGAAACAUCACCGAAA